AAUGCGGAAGCGGGUGGGAGGAGGAGUCCGGAGAGACACGGCGGGGAGAGUCCCGGAGAGAGGAGCCCGGCCAGGACAGCGGGGGGCACCGGAGACACACAGCGCUCACAACAAGGCUAUGACACGUGGAGGGUCGGGCGCCGCCCGCAUUGUAUAGCCUGGCAAGUGGCAGCAUGCCCCCCGCCCAGUGAGCCAUGUCUGCCCACACCGCCCUCCCCCCGGACUCUGACCCUGUGCCCCCCGGGCAAGACUCGGACCAGGCUCUGGAGCCUAAGAAGAAGAAGCAUAAGAACGGCACUCUACGCCGGGCACUGAGCUGGCUACGCGGGCGGAAGAAGAAGAAGCAGCAGUCGGAGGCCAAGCAGCAGGAUGGUGAGAAAGACCAUUCAAAACCCGAUGGCCAAUCACAUCCCAUUCCAGUUCAAGAGGAAGAGUCCCCUGACAAUGCAUUCUUUCCCAGCAGACGUACUGCUCUCCUGGAGGACAUCCACAGCCAAGCUCAGGAGGGGCUCAAGUCCUUACAGAGAAAAGAAAAACAUCCAUUUGAAGAGGAAAACAAGAUCUCUGAGCCCUUAACUGAAGUCAUUGAGGAUGCUUUCCGUACUCGCUCUCUUUCCUGCUCGACAGAAAAUACAGAUGAUGCAAUGUCCGUUCGUUCAGAGCUAAUCCAGCGAAAAGGCUCCACAUUUAGGCCUCAUGACUCACCCAGUUGGUCAUCAGGUAAAGCAAGAAGACGACGCAAAGAGAAGAGAGCAACUGUUGUAGGAGUUCCACAGCACAUUGCAGCAGAACUUGGUCUCCGUACACCUUCCUUUCAUCGUGGGAUCCAUGAAUUGUUUUCCAAAGGACAAAGACGGCCAUGUGAAAAGGCAGCUACAACUCCAACAGUGAAUGGGGUACAGCAAGAUGGGGAAGAAUAUGUUGUUAUUCCUACAGUGGACGGUAUGCCUGCUGAAGUCCCACACAAUGGAGCUCACAUUUCAUUGGCUGCUGUAGAGAAAACAGAAGCUGCUUUGCAACGACACAUAGAGAAGGUGUAUCAAGAUGACAGUUGUAUUGGUUGGAAGACUGGUCAGAAGAUAUCCCCACUCAUCAUUCGCCCAAAGUCUUUAGCUGUCCCUGGGAUGACUACAUAUUCAUCCCAGAGUGACCCAGUAAGUCCUGUCAUGUCUAUUUCACCUCAAGGAACCUACAUGUCUAAAAUCAUUCCAAAUGCAGUUCUUCCUCCUUUAGUUGAUGUGGUUGCCUUGACUCGAUCUAGCGUUCGAACUUUAAGCCGUUGUAGCCUGGCUUCAGCAAGUCCUGCUUCAGUCCGUGGCUCAUUGCAUCGGGGAAGGGGUAUGUCUUUCUCUAGUGAAACAUGGAGCCGUUCACAAUCCACAGAGACCAUUGUGUCUGAUUCUUCCACCAUAUCCUCUCGAGGUGGUGAAAAUAUGUUGGAAGUAAGUGAAAAGCAUGAAUCUGGACUAAGCACUGGCCGGGCAUCUCCAGCCCCUAGCACAGGUACCCAAGAUGGAUCUGAUGCUGCCAGUCUGUGCAGCGGUCGCUCAUCCGUUCGUAGUGUUUCAUUACGAAAAAGCAAAAAGGCUCCUCCACCUCCAAAACGUACCUUUUCAUUACAGCAGCAGAGGGAAAUGGGACUUCCACCCAGGCCAGAGAAAAAGACCUCAACCAAGACUAGUAAUGCCCGGGACCCUUGGGUUCCACGAACAGAAAAAACAACGGUAGAAAAUGAGGUGUUUUUACCAAAAGUAAGCUCACCUACUCGAUCAGAUCGAACAUUGUCUCCAUCUAGUGGUUACUCAAGCCAGAGUGGGACGCCAACAUUGCCUGUCCGUUCUCUUCUCGAGUCUCCAGGUACUCGUAGGAAAACCCCACCUAAGCCAGAAAGAUCCAGUCUUAAGUCAGCAUCAAGCAUUAUUACAAGCUCUUUUUCUGCUGAAAACAAUUCUCUGCACCUUGAAAGUCCCCCAAGAUCUGCAUCAUCAAUGGGAGAUCAAGAGCAGCAAGACAUAAUUCCCCCGCAUCCAAAUGUACCAGCCCCUACUUGCCCACCACCCAUUCAAAGUAUUGACUUUCUGGUAACCCCAGUUGCAACUCCCGCCCCUUCUCCACCCCCAUCUCAUCACCCCACACCCCCACCUGUACGAAAGUCAGAGUCAGAUGCUGAGAUUCCACCCUCAGCAUUGGAACAGGCAACACACAAAGAAUCCUUGUGGCCUCCACCUCCUCCAGAGGACCCUGAUUUGCAGGACUUCUCUAUGGCAGAUUUCCCCCCUCCUGAAGAGGAAUUCUUUUUGCCCCCACCACCUUCUUCAGAACCAGUUAGUAAUAGUGUCACAAGUCUGACUGUCCACAGUAAUGAUAACAAGUCAAUGACUGAAGCACAAAAAAAUCUCUCCAAGGUCGCCAAGAAUGAGAUGCCUUUGGACAUUGUUGAAACGCAACCUGAUUCUGUGCCUUUAACAAAUGCAAAGCCUUCAGAUACAGCUGUAAUUGCUGUUAAUUCAGAGACACCCAUUACAUCUGUGUUUGACACUGAAAAAGACCUUCAAAAAUCUUCAGUGCCUCCCACAACAAAAGCAGUAAUAGUACCCUCAGCUGCAGAUGAUUCAGAGAAAAUUUUAAUACCACCAAUAGUAUAUAAACCACAUUUUGUUGCCACAGCAGCAGCUGGAAAUGCUGAACCUAAAGAAAAACUUGAAGUCAAUGUACCACAAAACACAUUGGGCGAUCAAUCUGUUUGCAAGCAGGAGUCUAAAGUUUCCAUUGAUAAUUCUGAAAGCACUAUAUCACGGUCUCCUAUGGAUUCCUCUGCAUCUGUAAUGCCAUCACCUGCCGUUACCACUAGCUCAGCCCUUUCACCUGCAGGAGCGUCGCCUCUUCAACUGUCAAAUGUAUGGAAGCCAGUCAGUGCUCCAAGCUCCAAAAAACUGUCAAACAAUCAAGGCACCAUAGCUCAACCAAAAGAAGAUGCAAGCUUGCCUAUAGUAACCCCUUCCUUGUUGCAGAUGGUUCGUUUGCGAUCUGUGCAAGCCAGGGUCCCACAAACUCCAUUUUCUCAAAUCCCUUCAGGAAUUCCUGCUCCCCAAAAACCUGUGCGCAAGUCACUCUCUAUCAGAUCUUCUCAGGGAUCAGAUUCAUCACAAGGAGAAAGCCCCACAUCCACACAGCCAUCUCCAAGUCCACAAAAAACACCAGAUUCCCCCUCUGCACACAGAUCAUCAGCCUCCGCAGCUAGUUUUGUAUUUGCUAGAGGAUCCAAGAAGUUUGGGUUUGAGCCUCAUGUUUUACAAGAAGCUGAGUCAUUAAAAAGAGACUUGGUAGCAGAAAUCAAAUCACCAGGAGGACCACGCAGCCCAGAUGGAAAACCCCCAAUACAGCGUAAACCUAGCAAAAUCCCCCCACCUGUAGCAAGGAAGCCAUCAGUAGGAAUGCCCCGGACUCCUACAAGCCCUUCAAAUAAAACAGGUGGCACAGCUGUCAAUGUAGUCACAUCACAGGAUGCAAUAUCAGUUCCACCUUUGUCUGGGACUACUGCAAGUGGAACACUGGAAAACCAUGAGCAGCAGCACACAAGCCCAAUAGAACAAGCCUAGAACUGCUGCGAAUACAACUACAAGUUCUGAUGUCUCAGGGACACCUUUGCGAUGCUCUGCGAGACUCCAAACUACUGGAUUUACAAGAUUUGCCUUAACUGUGUAUAGUCUUGGUAUUUAUGCAACAGUUGGUGUUGGUUUUCACUUUAAUGAAUCAGAACUUUGCAAUCCUUUCCUUGGACCACUGUAUUGUUAAAUUUUGAGUACUUUGAUAGGAGUGCCACCUAGUGGAAAGAAAGUCUACUGCAGCAUGACAGUCUGCACGGCAACACCCUUGGUACUGAAUCUCUGAAAAGAAUUGCAAUGCACAAAGCUGUAUUUUGGUGUAAAUUUAAUUUAUGUAACAUGCUAGACCAGUUUGUCUAGCAUUAUGUAUCAUAAGUAAGCACAUACAAGUCACAUCUCGUCUCUGAAGUCUUAAAAAAAAAAAAAAAACAUAUCUGUUGGCUUUAAGCUUAGGAUUUUCCACAAGAACGUAAAGAUAAGAACUUCUUUCUGUAACACUGCAGCUAGGACUGUGGUGUUCACACAAGUCUUGGUGCCAUUCCAGCUCCCUGUUAAUUUGUAGGGGGAAAAGAAAAAAAAGGAAUGUUUUAUUUUCAUCCCGAAAGGAUAUUCAAAGGAAGUCAUGUUUAAAAAUUGUAAGCCGUGCAAAUACUAUAUCAUCCAUCCAAUAACUACUGAAUCAACAAUCUAAGCUAUACAAUCACGCAUUGGGAAAAUGAUCAUGGACUGUAUUUUAAUGGCCCCUGAUUUACUUUUUAUUUUUUUAGAGCAAUCUAUAUGAAAUCAGCCUUGAUGGCUUACAUCUGGAGGAGUCAAGUGCCAUAUGAAUCUCUGUUCUGGUUUUCCUUCCCACCUGGCUGUAUGACAGAACCCCUUAUUAUAGUAUCAAGGAAAUGCUCAAAAUUAUGAACACUUGGGCUUGAUCAAGCUUUCUACUGAGGAACUUCUAAUUGUUUUAUAUCUUCCAUUGUGUGUUUUAUAGGUUAGACUAUGCACCUUAUGGUUCAGUGUUAAAAGUCUUAAAGCACAUUUAUUAUUAUUCAAAUAAGCAAAAAGCUCAAUAAUUGUACAUUACUAUAACGGAUAUAGGCAUGCUCUGAUUCUAAUGACACUGAAAUCUGCAGCAAAUAUCAAUCUUUAAUGGUAUAAAGCAAGGAGGUCACUGCUGUGCUACAUUUGUUAAUGUAAUCACCUUAUUUAUUCAAAACAUAAAAUCAGAAUUUCAUGAAUGUCAAAGAUGCAAGCCCAUCAUCAGACCACAGAAUGUAGCACCCCUGAGGGUAGUAGUUAAAACAGGUCACCAUACUGCCUUAAAUCAACAAACUGCCUUUAUCUAUGUGCAAAAUAGUAGAUCAGACUAGAAAACCACUCGUUAUUUAGGUUGAUAAAUAUUUAGCUCUGUCUUUCUUGGUGCAUAUGACCAAAAACUGCACACGGCUUCCAGAAAUGUAUAUAUUAGUAUGUUAGUAAUCUUCCCAGCAGUACUUUUGUGUGCCUCAAUAUUUGUUUUCAUUUAUAAUUAUUCAUGAGUAUUCUGCUGGUGCUGCAUUUAAUUUCUGCUCUCGGGGUGUUGGUCGACCUGUGUGACAUGCCCCUAUCCAAGCUUAUGAGAAGCACUGUGUACCCAGUGUAAAAUGGGUAAUGUUUGUAUAGGAUUAUAUGUGACCCAGCUUCGGGUGCCACAAUGAAUACUACUACAUAGUGCCUAGUGGGCUGGUGAGACAGAAGUAAGUCCCCCACAUUGUGCUGUUUUUUAUGGGCCGGAUCUGCACAUGUUGCACAGACAAUCAGGCACUCUAUAUCCCCACCCCCUUUAGAUAGUACAAGUAUUACCAAUUAGGUAAACCGUUUUCUUUUGAAGGGUAAUUCCACUAAACAGCAUUCAUGGAUUAUAAAGAGGGCAUUGUUAAAAUGUUACAUUUGUGCCCUUUUCCUCUGGUAUUCGAAUACCCUGCAGGAAAAUAGAUUGCCCAGGAUACAACAUACACUGCCAAAGUAGCAUGUCUCUUGCUCUUUACUCACAUAAAAAUCUUACAACAGUAUGCCUAGUUGAGAUGACUGAACAGUUGAUGGUAUGCAGUGAAUUGAGCUGAUCUGAUACUUUCCAUGUACUUUACUGGUAUGGUAUGGGUUUUUAUAGUAAGCACAUGAUUUGAAUGAUUUUAAUACCUAAUUUAAAGUAAUUUUUGAGAUGUAACAUUUUUAUAAGCUUACUCUUUUACAAUUGUUAUAGCAUUAAAUUUACAGAUUGGUUGAUUAGCCAUCACUGGGCAGUACAUGUACAGUCUCUCUCUUUACAGUAGUUGAGAUAUCAACCAUAUUUGGCGUCCAUUGUUUUUCAUAUAAGUCAGCUGGCACACAACCCUGCAUUAUGGCUUUGUCUAGUUCCAUACACAAACAAUUCAUAAAGAGAAGGUGUCCAAUUCAUUAGAACAUACUGAUGAGAUUAUUUCCACAUAAACAAUAGAAUGACUAAAGAAAGAGAAAACGGUUUGGGACUUUAUAUGAGGCGAUAACCUGGUAGGGCCAUCUGCCUUCAUCCCUAUCUAUAUGAAUAAAAAGAAAGAAAAAUAAUGGGACUUUGUAUGGAAGCACGCAAAAAAGUCAGAUUUAUUGGAUGACAAAGUAGUAUAUUGGUUGAUUAGUAAUAAUGGGCUCUAUAUUAAAAUAUAAUUCAUAUAACUACAAUAAGGUAGAUUGUCACAUGAUUGUAAAUAAGAUAAAUAGAUAAACACAUGAUACACACAAUGAAAAA